GCCUGUAUCGGAAGACGAAAGCGUGCGGUGUGUGUGUGGUUGGGCUCAAAAGAGUUACAUUCAUUAAAACAAAACAAAAAUAUUUUAAAUUAAAUCUAGCGUACACAAAUUGUUUGAGACGUCAUGGAUGACGAGGAGGAAACAUACAGGCUUUGGAAGAUCCGAAAAACAAUUAUGCAGCUCUGCCAUGAUAGAGGCUAUCUGGUGACACAAGAUGAGUUGGACCAGACACUGGAAGAGUUCAAGAGUCAGUUUGGAGACAAGCCCAGCGAGGGGCGUCCCCGACGUACAGAUCUCACCGUCCUGGUGGCACACAAUGAUGACCCCACAGACCAGAUGUUUGUUUUCUUUCCUGAGGAGCCCAAGGUUGGGAUCAAGACAAUUAAAAUGUACUGUCAGAGGAUGCAGGAGGAGAACAUCACACGGGCAAUCAUUGUUGUUCAGAUGGGCAUGACACCCUCAGCAAAACAGUCUCUAGUCGACAUGGCGCCCAAAUACAUAUUGGAGCAGUUUCUACAACAGGAGCUGCUGAUUAACAUCACAGAGCACGAGCUUGUCCCAGAGCACAUUGUCAUGACAAAAGAGGAAGUGACUGAACUUCUGGCAAGAUAUAAAUUAAAAGAAAGCCAGUUGCCGAGGAUUCAGGCCGGGGACCCUGUGGCUCGUUACUUUGGCUUGAAAAGAGGACAGGUUGUGAAGAUCAUCAGACCCAGUGAAACAGCUGGAAGGUAUAUCACAUACAGACUGGUCCAGUGACGUUCUUCUCCGGGAUCAGCAUAUAGGACCAGUGAAGGAAUCCCAGCACGACAGCUUUGCUUAUGCAUCAUUGGAUUAUUGUCUUGUGUCUGUAGAAUCUGUAACUGAAGUACUGAUUUUGUAAAAUAAAUGAUUCAAAAUUGAAA